UUAUGUUCCUUUUCAUUAUAGAGCAUCAGUCCUGGAAUGGUAGACACCGAUUUUCUUAAUGUGUAUUCGCAUGCUGUAGCUGAUUUACCUAAGUUGAAGCCUGAAGAUGUUGCUCAAGCCGUGCUUUAUGCCUUGGAAACUCCGAAUAACGUACAGGUCGAGGAAGUUAUACUGCAAGCUAUGCGACGUUAUGAUGAAUAAUAGCAUAACAAGUUUAUUAAGAAUAUUAGAUAUACAUUAAGACUGAAAAGUUUCGGAAUCUCUCAUUUAA